UGUCCAUAACACUAUAACAGAGAGACACACACACACACGGAGAGAUUAGCAGGAAAAGGGACAACAAUAAUGGCGGUCUCAAUCUCCAUUUCUGUCAUCGUCACCUCUCUUCACCUCGUCGCCUUCGUCCUCGCCAUCGGCGCUGAAAGCCGCCGCAGCACCGCUAAGGUGGUGCCUGAUCAGUACGAUGAGAGCACUUACUGCGUGUAUGAUACAGACGCGUCUACGGUGUACGGAUUAGCUGCGUUUGGGCUGCUACUUAUUAGCCAAAUGAUUGUUAAUGGCGUUACUAGGUGUCUCUGCUUUGGAAAAGGCCUUGUUACUGGAAGCUGCUCCACUACUUGUGCCAUCAUCUUCUUCAUCUUUUCCUGGUUAAGCUUUUUGGGAGCCGAGGCAUGCUUAUUAGCUGGAUCAGCAAGGAAUGCAUAUCAUACCAAAUACCGAGGAUUCUUUCGUCAGGGUGACUUAUCAUGUGCCACGCUCCGCAGAGGUGUCUUUGCUGCCGGUGCAGCUCUUACAUUGCUAUCACUGAUGGGGUCAAUCCUUUACUAUUGGGCUCACUCGAGAGCUGAUACUGGUGGAUGGGAGAAGCACCAGAAUGAAGGCGUUGGGAUGACCAGUGCAAGUUACCCCCAGCAGCAACAAACUGGUGAAUUUGAGAAGGCUUGAUUAUGUUUUGAUUAGGUCAAUGACUAAGGCUUUUGGGGCUUAUCAUUGGGGAAAGCUGGAUAGAGGAAACUGACAUGGUGUUAGAGAGCUACAAGCACGCAUGUAUGAUCUUAUAUCAUGUCUGAUGUGAAAUAGCAAGUGUUUUCUCUGUGUAUAUUUGUUGUGCACUUCUUGGCACUGCCUCCAAGAAUUAUAGUUAUGCUGGCCGCUUGCACUCCA